AUGGACAGUCCGUACGAAAAGGAGUUACGGCUCGCAUUUGGAGCUAUCCAGAAUGCAGCCUUUAUCAGCCAGUCGAUGGUGUCGUCCAAAGACAAGGGCGACGUGGAAAAAGCUGACCUUAGCCCCGUCACAGUCGCCGAUUUCGCUGUCCAAGCUCUGCUCGUUGCUAGCUUAAAGGGCGCCUUUCCGAAUGACAGUUUUGUCGGAGAGGAAGAUGCUUCAUAUAUGCGCUCUAAUCCGGCUCUACUCGAUAGAGUUUGGGCUUUGGUGUCUGGGGUGUCGGCGGAAGCUCUCGCCGCGACGGGCGGCAGAGUCCCCGCAUCAAAAGAAGAGCUCUGCGAUCUCGUGGACCAAUGCGGCUCAAGUACGCCGGGAGGUGCUGGGUCUGGUAGGACUUGGGUCUUUGAUCCUAUCGAUGGCACGAAAACCUACAUGAUGGGCCAAGUGUAUGCCAUUAACGCCGCGUUGCUUGUUGACGGCCAACAGACGGUUGGCGUCGUCGGAUGUCCCAACACAUCAAUGGACGCGAAAGCGCCCAUGAACAACCCCGAUAUUGACCCAUCCAGCGGUGGCUGCAUUCUAUUUGCUGUGCGCGGCCACGGUGCAUACGUCCGCCCUCUGGCUGGUGAUGCUUCAUCCGUACCGAUCCGCAAGCUCGCUACCUCGACGGCUGAAGGCUUGAGCAGUCUUCGUUUUGUCACGGCAAACUCCAUUGUCGACUCCGCUCUCGAUGGUGUCCAUGAAGUUGUUGCUGAGCGCAUGGGUGUACCAUAUCCCGGCUGUGAUUUGCUACCGUGGGUUCUUCGUUGGGCUAUGCUUGCGCUCGGCCUCGGAAACGUCACAGUCUGGGUAUACAAGAAGAAGACGCGCGUGGGUAAAGUGUGGGAUCAUGCUGGAGCUAUGCUUCUAUUCGAAGAGGCCGGUGGUAAAAUCACAGACGUACUUGGUCGUGAUAUCGACCUCACCAAGGGCAGAAAAAUGGUGGAAAACUUUGGCUUUGUCGCGGCACCCAAGGACAUGCAUGCAAAGGUGCUGCAGAUUGUUCACGAUGUUUUGAAGGAACAGGGUCACGGCGAUUUGCUUCAAUAA